CAGGGCUUAAUUUGUCAUCAAUUAAUUUAAGAAUUUUACUGAUUCCCCUACUUAACCGCUCUCCUCUCCCAUCAGCUAUUCGCUUUCACUUUUUUCCACAACUCCCCAACCCUCUUCACUUUCGUCCGCGACAACCAACUCACCCCAGUCCUAGCAGGCCCCCCUUCAACUUUCGUGCAUGACACCUCUACAUCCUCGGGUAACAUGCCGGAUCCGUUACCCCGGGACCUCACAAUUCACAAAUUAAGCCCUGCAGGUUUGGCAUGCUGUCCCGGGAGAGAACCCUGAGCUCGGAGGUAAUUGAGCACAGGACUCCCGCCUUGUCAAUGAGCAUCUAAAGGGGCUCCAAGAUAAGGUAGGUCUCGAGAGCUCCCCCUGGUAAAGGAGGAAAAGGAGGAGAUGGGGUGGAAGGGGGUUUCUUCCACAAUGAAGAUAAAGCAGUAGAGCAAAAUUGGUCUAUUUAUUGCAGUCUUGGAUCAAUGUGAUUGGAUUAUUACUGAUUACUGAUGAGAGACCAGCCGCGAUCAAUCAUAUUACAUGAGAAAUAUUUUUAAAAGAACUGAAAUAAUGAUGACUUCAGCUGUCUGUAAAGUGCUUUCACAUGCUGCUUCUAAAGCCGUUAUAUAAAAUAAAGUGGAUUAUUAUUAUUAUUAUUAUGGUAGUUGUUUCUGCUCUGGUGCAGAAGUAUGCUGGAGCUGUGCCAAUGACAGCAGGAUGAAGUGUUUCCACAUGUUCUCAGUGAUGUAACUACAGGUGUGAGGUGUUGUUUACAGCUCUUUAACUCCUGCAGAGAUGUGGACCGUCAGCCUGAUGAUGGCAGCGCUGGCCUGUGUGCUUUCUCAAGAAGCCGAGGAGUCUGUGUCCUACACGAGAUGCACUGAAGGCUAUGAGUAUGAUCCCUUUAAAGAGGUAUGCACAGAUAUUGACGAGUGUGUCCUCGUGUCUGAUGCCUGUAAAGCGGGCAUGAAGUGUAUAAACCACUACGGCGGAUACCUCUGCCUCCCGCAGAACGCUCAGAUCUUCAUUAAUAAGGAAAAUGAAGCAUCGCAGAGUUCAGACUCUGUUCCUCAAACACACACAGAGACAAACCACAGAUCUGCAGCCAACGGAGGCUCCCAGUGCUCUGCUGGAUUCACACGCGACCAACACAACUACUGCCACGAUGUGGAUGAAUGCUCUCAGGGUCUGCACACCUGCGGUUCAGACCAGAUCUGCUACAACAGCAGAGGCUCCUACAGCUGUCAGUGUCAGCCUGGAUACCAGAGACAUGGAGAGCAGUGUGUGGACAGAAACGAGUGUCUGCUGUCCCACUACUGCAUGCACAGGUGUGUGAACACCGCCGGCUCCUACUACUGUGAGUGUAAUGAUGGAUAUCAGCUCGCCAGCAACAACCACAGCUGUGUGGAUGUGAACGAGUGUGAAGUGUCUCAGCCGUGUCAGCAUCAGUGCUUUAACCUGCUGGGCUCCUUCAUCUGCCAGUGUGAGCAGGGUUAUGAACUGGGCCCGGAUGCUGUCUCCUGUGUGGAUAUCGACGAGUGCUCGUUCUCCAGCUACAUGUGCCAGUACGCGUGUGUGAACAGCGAGGGUGGAUACUCCUGCACCUGCCCAGACGGAUAUCAGAUACACAGAACAAGAAUGUGUCAAGACAUCAACGAGUGUGAAACAGCAGCUCACGAGUGCCGGGAAGACGAGAUGUGCUGGAAUUAUUACGGAGGUCAUCGAUGUUACCCACGAAACCCGUGUCUGGAGCCGUAUGUGCGGACCUCAGAGAAUCGUUGUUCGUGUCAGUCGGCAGCAGCGUGUCGAGGCCUGCCGCAGUCCAUCGUCUACAAAUACAUGAACAUGCAUUCAGAGCGCAGCGUGCCAGCAGACAUCUUCCAGAUACAGGCCACAAACAUCUUCUCCAGCGCACACUACACCUUCAGAAUCAAAGACGGCAAUGACGGAGGACAGUUCUUCCUCAGGCGCUUCAGCAGUGCCGGGGCGAUGCUAGUCUUGACUCAGUCUCUGGAGGGUCCGCAGGAGCUGAUCGUGGAUCUGGAGAUGAUCACUCAACACUCGCUCAUGAACUACCGCUCCAGCUCUUUACUGCGGCUCACCAUCAUUGUGGGACCUUUCCCUUUCUAAGCCCAGUUUAUACUCCUGUGUCGAUGAUUGCUGUUAUCCUCGUACCCGACGCCAUGCAAGCAUUUAUACUUCUGCGUUCUGUCUGUUGCAGUAACACUCCUGAAACACUAGUAGGCAGUGUGGUUUUAAAACAAACGC